AUGAUCCCCAAAAUCACAAAUCUUUACGCCAUCUGCGGUCUAUGUACCCUCGGCGGUUUGUUGCAGGGUUUUGGCGUCUCAUCCCUGUCGGCAAUCCUGGCAACAUGGCAGUACAAAGACUACUUUGACAACCCAGAAUCAGUCACACAAGGUGGCAUCAUGGCUUCGUUGGCUGGUGGUUGCUUAGUUGGUGCCCUCUUUUCCUCUUAUAUAGGCGAUCAUCUAGGCCGUCGAGACUCCAUGAUGGUAGCCUGCGUCAUCUUCAUUGCAGGUUCCAUUGUCAUGUGCGCUGUCCAAGAUAAGAACAUGCUUAUCGUUGCUCGAGUUGUCAAUGGCUCUGGCGUCGGCUUGCUCACCAGUCAAGGGCCUAUCUACAUCGCGGAAAUGAGCCCGGCCAAUAUGAGAGGCCGGCUCAUUGCCAUGCAGCAGUGGAUGAUUACCUGGGGCAUUCUCAUCAUGUACUACGUCUCGUACGGAGCCUCUCGCAUUGAUUCAACUGCCGCUUUCCGACUACCGUGGGGUCUGCAGAUUAUUCCUGCCUUGACUCUACUUUGCUGUCUGCCUAUGAUGCCAAGAUCCCCACGCUGGCUCGCCACCAAGGGCCGUUGGGACGAGGCCCUUGAAGUUUUGGCCAUGGUUCGCGCCAAAGGAAAUCAAAGUGACGCAAACACUCUUGCCGAGCUGCAAGAUAUAAAAGAUAGAGUCGAGCAAGAAAAAGGUUACAAGUCUACCUCAUGGAGCGAGUUGUUCAAUCGUCGCAACAUCAUCCGACUUCACGUUGCCGUCUUCACCCACAUCUGGUCGCAGUAUAGUGGUGUAAAUGCCCUCAUGUACUAUAUCGUCUACAUUUUUCAGAUGGCCGGGCUCUCGGGCACGACGAAUCUCACCAUUUCCAGCAUUCAAUAUGUCAUCAACGUUGUCAUGACCGUACCGACGCUGCUGUUUUCCGACAAGUUUCCCCGUCGCAGAGUCAUGAUGACUGGCAGUUUUCUAAUGGCUAUCUUGCAUUUCACCAUGGCUGCCGUCAUGGCUACCAACGGCCAUCCCGUUCCCGGCGGGCUCGAGGGCACACCCACUGUCACCUGGACACUAUACGCGGGACGCGCAAGCCAGGCCAUUAUCGCCUGCAGUUACAUUUUUACCGCUACAUAUGCAUUGACCUGGGGUCCGAUGGGUUGGAUCUACCCCUCCGAAAUCAUUCCGCUCUAUAUCCGAUCCAAGGCCGUCUCGCUUGCGACUCUAUUCAAUUGGGGCUGCAAUUUUAGUUUGACCUUCUUCACCCCAACGGCGUUUCGCAACAUUCAGUGGCGUUUUUAUAUCAUAUUCGGGUCAUUUUGUGUCGGCGCCUUUGUUCACGUCUUUUUCUUUUUCCAAGAGACGCAAGGCCGUUCUUUGGAGGAAAUGGAUGACAUUUUUGACAACAACACCUUUGCCUUUGGAAAGAUAAAAAACGACGGUCACGAGUUUCGAAAACGCGUACGAAAAGCGGGAGAAAGGUUUGAAUACUCUCCACCUACGUCAGAAGUAGCCGAGCUGGGGCUCUCUGACAGGAACUAG